AAUAUUUUACUAGGCAUCGAUGUACCGCAAAUUCGUGGCAUUCGAUACAUAGACAGCUGCUUACUGAUGGUUAUUCAAAUAGGUGUUGCUUGAUCAAAUUUAUAUUAUAAGAUCAUAUCAUGUUGGUCUUCUGUGAUAUUUUGGAUUUCAAAGUACUUAUAUUUGCUUGUUUAAUGACAUUUUUGCCAAACAAUUUAGCAAAUAAUGCAAACGAAGGCGCGAUAUCUCUCACUCAACAAAAUAUCGAUAUGACGCUUGCAACAAACGAAUUGGUAUUAAUAAAUUUUUAUGCACAAUGGUGCCGUUUUAGUAAUUCGUUAGCUCCUAUUUUUGAGGAAGCUGCAAAUAAAAUAAGAAAUGAAUUUCCUGAACCAGGAAGAGUUGUUAUGGCAAAAGUAGAUUGUGAAAGAGAAUCUGGUAUUGCAUCAAGAUUUCACAUUACUAAAUACCCAACUUUAAAACUAGUAAGGAAUGGUCAACCAACCAAACGAGAAUACAGAGGUCAACGAUCAGUAGAAGCUUUCGAAGAAUUUAUAAGGAAACAAUUAGAGGAUCCUAUUAAGGAAUUUUACGAUUUAAAGGAAUUAACCAACUUAGAUGAUAAAAAGAGAAUGAUCAUUGGAUAUUUUGAUAGAAAAGAUGUUCCUGAAUAUGGGAUGUUUAGAAGGGUUGCUACUAAUCUAAAGGAUGAUUGCCAAUUUCAUGUUGGGUUUGGCACAUGCUCAGCUCAGAAUUGUGAAAUUGGGGAACAUUUUCACUUUUUGAAUGCAAGCAGAGCUAUGCACCCUCCAGGAGAACCUAUAAUUGUCUUCCGAUCUGAUAAGGCACUUUCUAAUGAUGAAGAUGAAACAUACCAUGGAAGUUUGAGUAACUUUGAUGAAUUAAAUGUUUGGGCACAAGAGAAAUGUGUUCCCUUGGUGAGGGAAAUUACAUUUGAAAAUGCUGAGGAAUUAACAGAGGAAGCUUUACCUUUCCUCAUAUUGUUUUAUGCUCCUAGCGAUGUUGAGAGUGUUAAAAUGUAUAAAGAUGUAGUAACGAGGACAUUAAUUGAUGAAAAACAAAAUGUAAAUUUCUUAACUGCAAAUGGGGUGAAAUUUGCUCAUCCUCUCCAUCAUCUAGGAAAGACUCCAGCAGAUUUGCCUCUAAUUGCCAUAGAUAGUUUUAGACAUAUGUACCUGUUUCCAAACUUCCAUGAUAUUCAUAUAGAAGGAAGAUUAAAGGGUUUCCUACAAGAUUUAUAUUCAGGAAAGUUACACAGAGAGUUUCAUUAUGGGCCAGAUCCUAGUAGUAAUGAAGUACCACAAGUUGUUGGACAAAUUAAGGUGCCUACAAGCCCACCAGAAUCUACAUUUAAGAAACUAGCACCUAGUAAAAACAGGUACACAUUACUCAAGGAUGAACUGUAAUGAUAGGUUUAAUAUUAUUCAGGAUAUUGAGAUUUCUAUAAUUUCGGUUAUCCAAUUUGUUAGUUAUUCACAGUUAUUUACAGUAAUGGAAUCCAAAUUUGAUGUAUUAUUAAAUUGAAAACCUAAUCAAUGUUAUAGUAGUGAUAAUAUCUUUUUUAAAUCAUUUAUACAGUAUUGUCAUAAAAUUAGAUGCUUAUUUGGUUUAUUUUAAAUGGGGAAAAGAAUUUUCGCGGUCAACAUCAUAUUAAGAAUUUCAAAGAAAGAAUAUAAUUCUACCAAAUGUUAUAUACAAUACAUUAAAACCCUAACUUGUAAAAAAGAUUAUCCACGAUAUAUAUAAUUGGAACCUUUGUACGAGUUUCAUUGCAGGAAAUAUAUAUAGUAGGUUUUAUUCUAUUUUUACAUAA